UUCAUGUUGAACGAGUACUCCCUUUCCCUAAAACCCCUCAGUUUUCAGGGAAGCUUGUACAUGGGUUUUUGGAUUUGAUCUCCCACACUGAAAGAAGCUUUAAUUUUUAAGGGAAAAAGAAAAAGAAAGAAGCAAUGAAAAAUUCAAACCCUGGAAGCAAUUUGCGUUGCCCUCACUGCGCUGGCCCUCUUGCCAAAGAGAUGGACACAAGUGAAUGGACUGUUGCUCCACUUGUGAGGGAUAGUUUUUCUAUGAUCGGCUCUGCUGUUGGUGGCACUACGAGCGCGUUUUACGGCUUCAACCAUGUUAUGCCAGUUGUCAGGAAAUAUGUAAAGGGACCCAUGUGGAUGCAUUUCCUUGUUGGUACACCACCUGUGAUAGUGUUCUCCUCUGCUUGUGCGGGAUUGGCAGGUGGUGCUGUUCCAGCCCUUGCUCAACUUGCUUCUUCAUCGUACCAUGCUGCGUUUUCGUCCUCUUCGUUGCCUCCAACAUCUCAGGAUGAUAAGAUGCAUAAGUCCAGGACCAACUCUACAUUGUAAUUAUACAAAUAUAUAUAGCAUCUCCUUUCAUAUAUAUUGCAUUUUUUAGACAAGAAUCCAUUACCUUGAAAUUUUGUAAUGUUUGAGGAUACAAGCAUUGUUCUCUUUUACACAUAAUUUUCAUC